AUGGCGGAUAUACCAAACGCUAAUGUGGAUGAGCACAUGACGGCCAGUGGAAAGAUCUGUGUUGACGAUCCAACCGAAUAUCUUAAGAGGCAGCCUAAGAAAAGUAUCUUGAAAAUGAAACAGGAGGUAUCCAUAGAUGGUAAGGAUGGACGAGCACACUUUGAUGAGAUGAACAUUUUAGCCACCUAUCACCCUCCUGAUAAAGACUAUGGUAACAUGAAGAUCGACGAACCGAAAACACCAUACAACUACUCGGAUUGUGAAUCAGAGGGUGACGAUGCUUCUGGUCAACCUACUCGAACUCGUCGAGUUUCCCUUGGAAAAGCUGUUAACCCGGAAGAGGGACUCCAACAGAACACUUGUAGUGGAUCUGUGAAGUCAUUUGGUUCUGGGACAGACAGCGACGACGAUGAAGCCCAUCUUACACCCGAACAAAUAGCUCACAAACGAGAGUUUGAGAAGAAGCGUAAGUUACACUACAAUGAAGGAGCUGCAUUAAAAGCAAUGAAGGCCCUGCUGGAUGAGGAUAUGGAUUAG